AUGCGCGAAGAAGUACGCAAAAUCGACGAGAAGUUGAAGAGACCGCAAAUAUUCCCUUACGGUAUUCUGCGGUCGGAUUUGUACGGAGGUGUGCUCAACCUCAUCUACGACAUGUUAUUCGACGAUCGAGAGGGCGCAGAGCAUAUUCCAAAGCUUUGA